AAAAUCAAUACCUUUCUCUUUCUCUUGUUUUCCUUCCUCCACCUUUCACCUCUCCAACACCACCACCAUUGAAACACAACCUUCAAAAAAAAAUCAAACCAAUUAACAAUCAAAUAAUCCCACCUAAUUAUCCUCAUAAUCUCACCCUAAUCAUAAUGAAACCAUCAUUAACAUUAACAUUACCAUAACAUAAUUCAUUUUCCACAUUCCCUCAAAAUGCCAACGGUAGCGGUAAAACUGUACAGCGUAUUCUUCAAAUUCCUCUUAAAAAACCGACUCCAAACCCGUAUCCAAACCCCACCCAACCCAUCAAACUUAUUCGGUAUCACUACUCGACCCGACGAAUCUCUUUCGUCGCCUAAUCCGUCUUUUACAGACGGUGUUGCGACGAAAGACAUUCACAUUGAUUCUUUCACUUCUCUUUCCGUUAGAAUCUUUCUUCCGGAUACCGCUUUAAGGGAUCCGGAAAAGAAGAAGGGAUCUGGAAAGAGACGUGAGAAGAUUUUGUCGUUGUCUUCGUUGUCGCAGCCGCCGCAGAGGAGAAAUAGUUAUGAUCCUUCUUCGCCGGAUUUUCCGGUGAAGGAGGAUGUUAGAAGGAAGAGUGUUUCCGGUGAUUCCGAUAAUUUGAAUUCAGGUGGUGGAUAUGGAGGAUAUUUACCAUCAAUGGUGGAGGAUGAUCGGAGGAAGAGAAAGCUACCGGUGAUGGUGCAGUUUCAUGGAGGUGGAUGGGUGAGUGGGAGUAAUGAAACGGUGGCGAAUGAUUUUUUUUGUCGGAGGAUAGCAAAAUUGUGUGAUGUGGUGGUGGUGGCGGUUGGGUACAGGCUGGCGCCGGAGAGUAGGUAUCCAGCAGCAUUUGAGGAUGGAUUUAAGGUUUUGAGUUGGUUGGCAAAACAGGCGAAUUUGGCGGAGUGUAGUAAGUCAAAUUUGGGGGUUAAGAAAACGGGGGAUGGUGGGAAGAGACAUAUUGUUGAUUCUUUUGGUGCUUCUUCUUUGGUUGAACCUUGGUUGGCUGCUCAUGGGAAUCUAUCAAGGUGUGUUCUUCUUGGUGUGAGUUGUGGCGCAAAUAUUGCAGACUAUGUAGCUCGAAAAGCUGUAGAAACAGGAAAACUUCUAGACCCUGUCAAGGUGGUGGCACAGAUCCUGAUGUAUCCAUUUUUUGUCGGAAAUGUGCCUACACAUUCUGAAAUAAAGUUAGCGAACUCUUAUUUCUAUGACAAGGCUAUGUGUAUGCUGGCAUGGAAACUAUUCCUACCCGAGGACCAAUUUAGCCUAGACCAUCCAGCUGCCAAUCCCCUAGUCCCAGGCCACGGUCCACCUUUAAAGCGUAUGCCUCCAACAUUAACAGUGGUAGCGGAACAUGACUGGAUGAGAGACCGUGCCAUUGCUUACUCAGAAGAGCUUAGAAAGGUAAAUGUUGAUGCACCUGUUCUUGAGUAUAAAGAUGCAGUCCAUGAAUUUGCAACACUUGACGUACUUCUCAGAAGUACUCAGGCUCAGGUUUGUGCCGAAGACAUCGCCAUCUGGGUCAAAAAGUAUAUUUCACUUCGAGGUCAUGAAUUCUCAUAUUGAAUAUGAUAAACCAGAUUAUUGCAAUGAUCAGUGAGAAAAUCGUUUCCCCAUUGUUGAGAUUAGCUUCAGGUUGCUCUUCUUCCUCCGACACUAGAUUAUAACGAUGAUAUGUGAGGAAAACUUUUCUCUUCGGGUUGCUCUUCCGCUGCCAAUUAACUUGUGAAUAUGUGAUAUAUUACUUGAUAUGUUUUGAUACUAGAAAAGCCCUCUGCCGGCAAUUGACUGAUUCAAUCAAGAUAGUUAUUUGAAAGUGGUAUGAGUCGAACCUGUGAGAUGGAUGUACCUCAUCAGCACCACAUUUGGUAACCCCUGUUCCAUUUUUUCCUGUGUAUUAUGUAAUAUUUCUCAUGAAAAAUACAUAAUAUUUUGUUCAUUAUUCUUUCAUUCCAUUGUUACAAUAUGUGCCAUAGACGAGUUCUUUGUUUCUCAUUGUUA